CUGGUCUCGAACUCCCGACCUCAGGUGAUCCACCCGCCUCAGCCUCCCAAAGUGCUGGAAUUACAGGCGUGAACCACCGAGCCCGGCCUGUUUUUCAGUCUCUAAUACACUGUUCCGCGUCCCUAGCAUAGUAGCUGUUUUCUGUAAAUUCGGAGCGAAGUUGACUGCAAACCCCGCCGGGUUCACCGGCCUGGGCGGCGUGGACUUCAAGCCCCAGGAGGCAUUGCGGCCGGCACAUCGGGAACUACGGCGUCUGAGAAGGGGGCCGGGCCCUCCGGUCCUUUCCCUCCCAGAAGCCCGCGGGCUGCUCGGAACGCUGUUUCUAUCAUGGCCGCGGGAGCCGGGACGGCGGGCCCCGCUUCCGGCCCGGGCGUCGUGCGUGACCCAGCGGCGUCACAGCCGAGGAAGCGGCCGGGCCGGGAGGGCGGGGAGGGCGCGCGGCGAUCGGACGCGAUGGUGGGAGGAGGCGGGAGUAGCGACGGCAGCGGGCGGGCAGCUGGCAGGCGGGCGUCCCGCAGUAGCCGGCGGGUCCGGCGGGGGCGCCACGAGCCGGGGUUGGGGGGCCCGGCGGAGCGCGGCGCGGGGGAGGCACGACUGGAAGAGGCAGUCAGUCGCUGGGUGCCCAAGUUCUACUUCCACGAGGCACUGCGCGCCUUUCGGGGUAGCCGGUACGGGGACUUCAGACAGAUCCGGGACAUCAUGCAGGCUUUGCUUGUCAGGCCCUUGGGGAAGGAGCAGACCGUGUCCCGAUUGCUGCGGGUUAUGCAGUGUCUGUCGCGCAUUGAAGAAGGGGAAAAUUUAGACUGUUCCUUUGAUACGGAGGCUGAGCUCACACCACUGGAAUCAGCUAUCAAUGUGCUGGAGAUGAUUAAAAUGGAAUUUACACUGACAGAAGCAGUGGUCGAAUCCAGUAGAAAACUGGUCAAGGAAGCUGCUGUCAUUAUUUGUAUCAAAAACAAAGAAUUUGAAAAGGCUUCAAAAAUUUUGAAAAAGAAUAUGUCCAAGGACCCCACAACUCAGAAGCUGAGAAAUGAUCUCCUGAAUAUUAUUCGAGAAAAGAACUUGGCCCAUCCUGUUAUCCAGAACUUUUCCUAUGAGACCUUCCAGCAGAAGAUGCUGCGCUUCCUGGAGAGCCACCUGGAUGACGCCGAGCCCUACCUCGUCACGAUGGCCAAAAAGCCUUUGAAAUCUGAGUCUGCUGCCUCAAGUACAGGGAAGGAAGAUAAACAGCGAGCACCAGGGCCUGUGGAAAAGCCACCCAGAGAACCCGCAAGGCAGCUACGGAAUCCUCCAACCACCAUUGGAAUGAUGACUCUGAAAGCAGCUUUCAAGACUCUGUCUGGUGCCCAGGAUUCUGAGGCAGCCUUUGCAAAACUGGACCAGAAGGAUCUGGUUCUUCCUACUCAAGCGCCUGUAAUCCCAGCUACUUGGGAAGCUGAGGCAGAGAAUUGCUUGAAUCCGGGAGGCGGGGGUUGCAGUGAGCCGAAAUCACACCAGUAUUAACUGUUACACCAUUGAUACAGUCUGUUAUACAUGCAUCUGUUACACGAUUGCAUUCACCUUUAGGCAGUCUUAGUUUUUCACCCUUAACUCUCACAACCUUUGAGAAUCAGUUGGAUCCAUUUUAUUAUGGUUUGUUUGUUAUAAUAGAGUACAUUCAAUGUCUUUGUUUUACUUCACUGUUCUACUCCUUAGCUGGCUUGCCUUGGGCAAGUUAUGCAAGCUUUUGGAACCUCAGUUUUUUCAUCUGAAAGUUAGGGAUUAUGGGAGUCCAUAAGACAGAAUUAAUAUUUUUAAAAAAUGGAGUUGACAUUACAGCAUAAAAGCAUAAGUUUCAUUGUUUCCUCUCAAGUAUUCAUUAUUCAAACUACCAUGUCAUGAGCUCUAUGAUAGAAAUCAUCUGGAAAUAAAAUAUGCCAUUUUACCACAAGAGGGUGUAUUUGACCUUUGUAGGCAACAAAGCUUAAUAUUAAAGCUUCACUUCAUAGACAUGGACUUUUCAGAGGGUUUAAUAUGCAUGAGAUCAAUUCCAAAUGUAUCAUCAAAUUAUUCAGGAAAGUUAUUCAUGUGUCUGUGUUGUGUGUGUGUAUGUGUGUGUGUGUGUGUCCAGGAAGUGUAUAUAUCCCUCCCAUGUGUUUCCUGAUGACUAUGGAAUGGGAACCAUAUUUUGACAACAUUUUCUCCAUCAAACAGUAAAUCUUUGGCAUUAAAACAAGAGAUUGUCCCACGAAGAGGACAAGGGUUUUCAUUUGGAAUUCAUUAAAAAAAAUCUCAACUCAAAAGUGUUGCUAAAAAAAAACACGUCUUGCCUUUGGAACAAGUUGAAUGACUCACAGGUGGAAAGGCCAAGUCAGAGCCUCGAGUCCAAGGACAUCUUCCUUUCUAAAUUUCUCCUUUCGAUAAUGCAGAUUUUUACUUUCUACUUCUCAAACAAACUUCUUCCUAUCGCCCUUUUCUCUACACCAGGGAAAUCCCAUUUUACAUUCUGUAUUCCAAGCGAUUAAGCCUGUUUUUUUUUUUUUCAUCUAAUAACAGGCAUCCUGGCUCAUGCCAUCAAGUCGUGAUAGAUGUCGAGCCUUAUCCAGUUACUGUCUUCCUCUUCAUUUCCCCAAAGCCAGAACAGAAGCUCCAGGGAAGUCAGAGUUUGAACUUAAAUCUUUCUCGGUCACCUACUGGUUAAGUUACCUUGGAAAAGUUAUUCAAAGCUUCUUUGUUCAGUUUUUUUUUCAUCUAAAAGUUGGAGUCUGUAUUAAUUAACUGCUCACAAGCUUGCUGUGAAGUUUAAUGAAAUGAUAUUAGUGUGGCAAUAUACUUUUUGAGAAAUACAGUUUUGUUUUGUUUUCCGUUGGUUUUCUCCUCCCCCACAUCCAUUCUACCAAAGUAAACAGGUCUUCUAUGUUUCUUUGCUUUGAAAAAGAAUUUCAAUUAUAGCAGGAGUUGCCUGCAAACCACUUCCCUUCCCAGCUUCUGCUUUACUAAAUCCUGAGCUUAUUGAUGAAAGUCCAUUAAGGAAUCCUUUUUGAGGGAUACCAGGAGAGGGAAUGUGGGAGGGAGAAAGAUUAUCUGUUUGUUUUUACAAUAAAAAGAGAGGACCGAAGCCAGAGUGGGGUAAGAGCACAUACCCACAGAGUUCCUCCUAAAGUCUCAAAAGACAGUGGGAAGUAAUGGGAGUUCUUUUCAGGAUGCUCAGGGAAGCUGGACUCUGGGUUCUGAGGCUUUCAGCCCAGAUGCAGAUUCCUGCACUUAACCCACAGAUAGCAUGGCAGCAGCGAGCCUCUAAUCUUUACACAUCCCUAUAGACUCAUUAUGAUUUCAGCAGGGUUAUGACUAACUGGAGACUAGAAGCCCUUCCUAUCAUUGCUAGAUAUUGCACAAACCUUCUUGAUUCUGUUGCAAUUCUUAGACAAGGGAGGGAUCCUGAAAUAACUGAAUUUUCUUGCAGCCUACUUAGCAGGGUUCAAAGUUAUAUUUUAUUGGACUUAAAGAAAAUAUAGAAAUAUGUAUUUCCUGUAUGUCUGAGUUUGUGCACCAAGAGUUACUCCCGAUACAUUUGUAAAACUCUUAGGAUCCAACACUUGGUUAAUAGUAAAUCUACCAUUAAAAAAAUAUAAUUUACUGUGA